AUGACGAACAUUACAGCUAUUACCUUAAUUUUAUUUUCUUCGCUAGGUAAUUUAAGCAAUACUGCUAAAAUCAUCGAGACGAAUGAUGUUCAUCAUGAAGUUAGUGAUAGAAUAUUUGGUGUAGUAGAUGAUUUAUUUAUUUCUUUGAAAAUCAACCAAACGGCUAUCCAACCCAAGAAAGUUGAAGAAUACAUAGUUAUGCAGAAUUUUGCACAAAACGUGCUUCGCAAAUACUAUGAAAAGCAUAAAGAAAUGCACAAUAAUAUUAAAAUAAACAUAAGCGAUGAAAUGGCUGAUCAAAUUUCUGGCGUUAACGAAGUCAUUGAUGAAAUGAUAAGAGAACAUGCAGUUACACACAACGACAGCUUUCACGAUGAAAAUAAAACUUCUCUUCAGCUUGAGAACUUCGCUGAUUUAACAAAUAUGGCAAAAGGGUAUAAUGUCACAACGAAAGCACUCCCUCCGAUUGAUUAUACAGUAUGGAGCUCCAACUCUAGUCAGGAGUUGGACAGUCGGCGGAUUUUUAAGGGCAGCAGCACGGGCAUCGCACGGUACCCGUUCAUGGUGAGCGUGCACGUGGGGGAGCGCUUCGUCUGCGCCGGCUCGCUGCUGCAUGAGAGCCUGGCAAUCAGCGCUGCCUCCUGUCUUAUGCGAACUCGCGACGAGACUAGCCAGAUGGUACGAAUACGCAUCGGUAGUGAUUUCGUCACUAAAAUGGGCUACCUAGUAAACAUAGAUAGACUUUUCUUCCACCCAGAUUUUGACCGCUCGACCCUAGCUAACAAUUUGGUUAUUCUCAAAACUCGCAAAGCGUUACGAUUCCAAAAGAAGAAAGUGGUGGCUGUAAAGUAUGAUAAAUUUGAUAGUCUCAGUUUGAUGAAGAAAGUUAAGGAUGUCAUGAUUUUGGGAUGGGGCCGAAGGGAUCCGUCAGAAAAAACCGAAGUGGAAGAACGACCGUUAUCUCGAGCACGCCUAAAUAUCUACGAAAUAGAAGAAUGCAAAUAUAUUUACACCAAGUAA